AUGCAGCCAGACAUCAAGAGAGGGGACCGCGGGCGCGCCCAGGAGGCGGCCGCACAGCUGCGCCGCGAGCUCCGCCAGGACGGGGACCCCGGGCCGAGCCCCGACGCCGGCGCGCUGGGGGAGCUGGUCGUCAAGGAGGUGGACCUCGCCUCCCUGCGCUCCGUGCGCGCCUUCUGCCAGGAGGUGCUCCAGGAAGAACCCAGGCUGGAUGUCUUGAUCAACAACGCAGGGAUCUUCCAGUGUCCUUACAUGAAGACUGAAGAUGGAUUUGAGAUGCAAUUUGGGGUGAACCAUCUGGGCCACUUCCUACUCACCAAUCUUCUCCUUGGGCUCCUCAAAAGUUCAGCUCCUAGCAGGAUUGUGGUAGUGUCUUCCAAACUUUAUAAAUAUGGAGAUAUCAACUUUGAAGACUUGAAUAGUGAACAAAGCUAUAAUAAAAGCUUUUGUUAUAGUCGCAGCAAACUGGCUAACAUUCUUUUCACCAGAGAACUUGCCCACCGCUUAGAAGGCACAAACGUUACUGUAAAUGUAUUACAUCCUGGUAUUGUACGAACGAAUCUUGGGAGGCACAUAAGCAUUCCACUGUUGGUCAAACCGCUUUUCAAUUUGGUUUCAUGGGCUUUUUUCAAAACUCCUCUAGAAGGUGCCCAGACUUCUAUUUAUUUAGCCUCUUCACCCGAGGUAGAAGGUGUGUCAGGAAAAUACUUCGGGGAUUGUAAAGAGGAAGAACUAUUGCCCAAAGCUAUGAAUGAGUCUGUUGCAAGAAAACUCUGGGAUAUCAGUGAAGUGAUGGUUGGCAUAUUAAAAUAGGGGCAAGUGGUAAAAGAGAGCUAUUUAUAAAGCUGAAUGUCAGUUGUAUCUGCGACCAGGAGUAGUGUGGCUUGAUCACUUUGUCUUUGAGAAAGCAAAAAAGCAAUUUUGUUUUUACAGUUGUACUGCAAAAAGAUUUAUGAGGAUAUCGUGAAAUUACUGAAAAGUUAUUUUUCCAGUAAUAUAAAAUUUCAGAAAAUGUGUUUUAAACAUGAACAAUACACAAUAUAAUUUAAAAAUUAGAAAUAAACUAGCAUGGAUUACAAGUAUUUUUCACAUGUCUUUGAGUUUCAUGGCAAAAAUGUUAAAUAUUGUUACUGUAAUGCUGGUUUCUGUGUGGAAAUAAUAUGCCUGGAGUGCAAGCACAAUUCUUGCUUGGAAUAAAUUUACUGAUGCAAA